AUGGGCCUAUUGACCAUCAUCCGCAAGCAAAAGCUGAGAGAUAAUGCGCUGCGUAUUCUCAUUCUUGGUCUAGACAAUGCUGGCAAGACCACGCUGCUCACAUCGCUCCUGGGAGAAGACAUCUCUCAAAUCUCACCCACGCUCGGCUUCUCUAUCAGAACUGUCCAAUUUGGCGGCUUCAAGCUAGACAUAUGGGAUGUGGGGGGCCAGAAGACUCUGCGCUCUUACUGGAGGAACUACUUUGAGUCUACAGACGGGCUCAUCUGGGUCGUGGACGCGACUGAUCACGACCGCAUGCAAGAUUCUCGCGAAGAGCUGCACGCCCUGCUCACAGAAGAACGGUUACUAGGAGCAGAUCUGUUAGUGCUUGCAAAUAAGACAGACAUCCUUGGAUGUAUGACGAGCGCACAGAUAGAGCAGGCCUUGCUCUUGGGUGCUAUCCGCGGCCAUCGAUGGCGGAUCUUCGAGGUGAGUGCUUACACUGGCAAGAAUGUCAAGGAAGGCUUUGAGUAUUUGGUCAGUAAUGCAAGUCAGCGAAUUCUGUGA